UUAGGAAUGGCCUCCGUUGGUUUUAUCUUGUUUUCUUGUGUUAGUUUGAUAUUAGUAUCCGAUGCUAUCUCGACAAAAGAUCAAGAAGAUGUACUACAUGCGAUUAAAUCUGCGUACGAUGAAAUGAAGAUGGAAGUUUCGACGCUGAAGAAAGAACUAACACUAAUGAAACAAAAAAAUUGUGAAUGCGGAACGAAAAUCGAAACAAACAGCAAUAAAGGUCCAAGAUUCUUAGUUCCCAAUGGACAGGCUCCGGUGGCGUUCCACACACACCUCUCUGCAAAUUUCAACGUCAGUUCUAAUCAUGCUGUCGCUUACGAUGUUGUCAAAAUAAACGUAGGAGAUGGCUACAACAAAUUCAGUGGUAUAUUCAAAGCACCAGCAGCGGGAUUGUAUUUAAUCACCAAUACAGUUAUGUCAAUGCCUAAUCAUGGAAUCCAUGUUGAGAUUGUUAAAAAUGGAGUAGCCAUUGGCAAGAACUGGGCCGAUCAUAACGGGUACGAGAGCGGUACCAUGUCAGUUAUUAUCGAUCUGGACGUGAAUGACAGUGUUUGGGUGAGAGAUUCAGACGGAGGAACAGAACGUUUAGAGCAUGAUUACAACAGCUUUUCUGGUUUUCUAAUUUAUACGGACAGUAGCAAAUAUUUCAUACAUAUUCAAGAAUUUGAAGUAUCCAUAAUAUCGAUAAAUCAAAGAGCUGAUAGCUCUGAAGUGGAAGAAGGUGAAUAA